AUGCAGACUCUGAUUUCACACUCAGAGCGAGAUUAUAUCCUUCGUGGCGUGGAAUCUAAUCUUCGCGCUGAUGGCCGAGGACGUCUCGAUUAUCGACAAGUAACUUUUGAAACUGGAGUAAUUUCACAAUGUAGCGGAAGUGCUAGGUGUCGACUUGGUGAGGGAACUGACGUUUUAGUUGGGGUAAAAGUCGAAAUCGGACAAAUAGAGUUUGAUGGUGCCGAAGAGGUUGUUGGUAGUAAAAAAGCAAAAUGGGGAAGGGUUGUGUGUAAUGUCGAAUGUUCUCCAAUUGCGUCGCGACAAUUCGCAGGAAGGGGUGCAGAAGAUUAUAAUAACGAACUGACGCAAAUAAUGGAGCUUAUUUUCAAUGGGCCUCAAGCUGGAAUUGAUCUUGAGAAAUUGUGUAUAGUGCCUGGUGAUAAGUGUUGGGUUGUUUAUGUUGAUGCACUGGUUCUUGACUAUGCUGGAAAUAUUCUGGACACUAUUUUCUUGACAACGCGUGCCGCUCUAUAUAAUACCCGAGUUCCAAAAACAGUAGUUCAGGAAGUGGAAGGAAUGAUGGAAAUUGAAGUGCUGGAUGAUGUGCAAGAAGCUGAAAGAAUAGUGGGUUGGGAGCAAAUUCCAAUUGCUGUAACUCUAAAUAAGAUAGGAUCUCGCCAUGUAAUUGACGCUACACCGCUAGAAGAACUUGCAACAGAAGCAAAACUUUUAGUGAGCGUGAAUAAGAGAGGUAAAAUCUGUGGGAUACAGAAGAGUGGCGAGGGUAGCAUCGAACCGAGUUUAUUGAAUGAAAUGAUUCAGAAAAUCCUUGAGGCUCUUGAUGUGCGACUCCAGCAAGAGGAGGAGGUAUUAGCGAAUUCGAGUAGAGGAGGAGCAGAAGUCGGACAGAUUAAUAUUCAGAAACUUGGGUUCUUUGCUGCAACAUGA